AAAAUCUUUAGCUUUGCCAGUAACAAUGACGAGCGCCAAAAUACGAGAAACUCGAAAAAGCGACGUAAUUUUCCCGCUCCAACGCGAAAUUCACGAAGCUCAAGUGCUCAUUUUCUUCCGUCACCGACUCCGAAGUCCAAAGUGUCUCAGACGAAGAUGGUUUCCACAACCAGCAAAUCGGAUUCGAAGCAAGAAGUGAAACAAACCCUAAAUUCCAAAACCCCCAAAAAUGUCUACCAAAUCGGAGGCCUUCAAGUGGAGUUCCCUUAUCAACCCUACGGAACCCAGCUUGCGUUCAUGAGCCGGGUCAUAUCUACGCUUGAUCGUGCUCAGAGGGACGGUCACUGCCACGCGCUGCUCGAGUCUCCCACCGGUACGGGCAAAUCUCUUUCCUUGCUCUGCUCGGUGCUCGCAUGGCAACAGAACUAUAAAUCGCGGCUUCUGAAAGGAAACCUGUCGCAUUCGAAACCUGCGCCUGAAGCAGCCACCGAUCCGUUGAACCAUGGAGGCGGAUUCAUACCCGAAACGCAGCCCUCAGAUACUCCUUUGCCUUGCAAUGCGGAGCCACCUGAAACUGCUGCAGCUAAGAAGAGAACAAAAAUUCCUACCAUAUACUAUGCUUCACGAACUCAUUCUCAGAUUACUCAAGUCAUUCGUGAGUACCGGAAAACUGGUUACAGAGUUCCUAUGGCUGUAUUGGCUUCGAGAAAGCAUUACUGCACUAAUCGUCAUGUACAUGGGAAAGAGAAUGUUGAUGAAGAAUGUCGGUUGCUUCUAAAAGAUAAGGCAAACAUACAAUGUUCUGAGUUCAAGAACGUUAGUAAAAUCACAGCUCACCCAUCACUUCAACAAAGAGGUCACAAUGAAGUUCAUGAUAUUGAAGAUCUUGUAAAAGUUGGAAAAAACGUUAGAGGUUGUCCAUAUUAUGCUGCCUGGUCAUUGGCGGAGAACGCACAAUUGGUUUUUUGCCCUUAUUCAUAUAUAGUUAAUCCGGUCAUCAGAGCAGGAGUUGAAGUAGAUCUGAAAGGAGCGAUUAUAAUCUUUGAUGAAGCACACAAUAUGGAAGACAUUGCUCGUGAAGCAGGAAGCAUUGACUUGGAAGAAGAAACUCUUUUCAAAUUGCAGAAUGAACUAGAACAGAUGAGCAUGGCAGAGCCAAUGAUAUAUCAACCCUUGUGUGAAGUAGUAGAGGGAUUGAUAAGCUGGAUUGGAAGAAAAAAAGAUUCUCUAGAAAAACGUGAUUUUCAGCACUAUUUCUCUUGCUGGACUGGAGACAAAGCUUUAAGAGAGCUCGAGGAAUCUAAUAUUACUCGAGAAUGCUUCCCAAUCUUAUUGGAAUGCUUUACAAAAGCGAUCAGAACAUCAAAGGAGGCAGAAAUGGAACCAGAUAUGCCUCAUUUAAGCGGGAUAUCUGUCUUGACACUAGAAGGAAAUUUAUCUGGUGCCUGGACGCAUACUUUCAGUUUGUGGUGCAUGAAUCCGUCUGUUGUUUUCAAAGACUUAGCUGAUCUUUCUUUAUCCAUCAUUUUAACAUCUGGGACAUUGUCACCGAUGAACUCUUUCUCAUCUGAACUUGGGAUGCAGUUUGGCACUUGUUUAGAGGCUCCACAUGUGAUUGAUGUUAAUCUGCAGGUGUGGGCUGGUGCAAUCUCCAAUGGUCCUAGUAAUUAUCCUCUGAACGGAAGUUAUAAAACAGCUGAUGCAUACUCAUUCCAGGAUGCUCUAGGAAGAUCGUUGGAGGAAAUUUUCACUAUUGUACCAGGUGGCUCACUUGUAUUCUUUCCAAGUUAUAAGUUGAUGGAAAAACUCAGCACGCGUUGGCGUGAAACUGGACAAUGGUCUCGGCUCUGCUUGAAGAAAGACCUUUUUGUUGAGCCAAGAGGAGGAGCCCAGGAUGAAUUUGAUUCUGUUCUGAAAGGUUAUUAUGAUUCUAUACGCGGGAAGAACAGAUUGAUUGGAAGAAACAGAAGAGCUAAGAAAGCAGGGCCUGUUAAAACUGAGGCUCAAGAUGAUUCCAAAAAAGGAGCUGCAUUUCUUGCAGUGUUCAGAGGAAAGGUUUCAGAAGGAAUUGACUUUACUGAUGACAACGCCAGGGCGGUGAUAAUUGUUGGCAUUCCAUUUCCAAACUUGCAUGAUAUUCAAGUCGGACUAAAGAAAAAAUAUAAUGAUACGUACAAAUCAUCUAAAAACCUUCUUGGAGGGAGUGACUGGUAUUGCCAACAAGCCUAUCGUGCUUUAAAUCAAGCAGCAGGGCGAUGUAUCCGGCAUAGGUUUGAUUAUGGUGCCAUCAUAUUUUUGGAUGAGCGAUACAAAGAACAAAGGAACAGAGCGUCUAUUUCAAAGUGGCUAAGGCAGUCUAUCAAACUGUAUGAUAAUUUUGAAGAAUCUAUGCAAGAGUUAAGAUCAUUUUUCAACAGUGCCAAGGAACGAGUUGACAGUAAGAUGUUAGGGUCCCAGGAUUAUACAGUUGAGCAGAAUUUUUCCUCGGAAAACCAAAGCAAGGAAUGCAAAAGGGAGGAAAAUCAGAUUCAGAAGAAAUGUAGUCAUGCAGAACCAAAAGAUAUCACAGAUAGGAAGGUGGUGGACGUGGAGGACUAUACACGUUCGUAUCCAAAAUAUCAUUUUAUGAACGAAGACUGGAAACCAAAAAUAGCUGAAGGUUCGAGAUCCAUGCAACUUUCGGGAGUGAACUAUGGAACCUCCAUUGCUCAGACAUUUAUUCAAACUAAAGAGGAAGAAGUCACUGACCUUGAGUGUGGGGUCCAACCUGAGCCUGGGUAUUGUGAGGUGUCCUCGGUAACCCAUUGUGAUGAAGAUCAAGUAACAUCUUUUGUCAAGGAAACGUCUGGUAUGAUCAAAGGUAUUUCAGCAGCCAGUCCAUGUUCUUGCUCGAAAAAUGAAAGCUCUAGCCCAGCAGCAAGUGUGAGAUCUCCGACUUCUCUUGAUCAAUUCUUAAAGCAGCACAUAUCUACUGAAAAUUUCAUCAGGUCUCCUCUUGAAGCAGAGUCACCUUUGAACAUGAGUGUGAAUUCCCAUGCUUUGAAGAGAAGAAAAUUUACAAGCUCUCCUGUCAUUGACCUUGAAGAAGAAAACGGUAACGCUCCUAGUGCUAGACCCACGGAUCAGACGAGUUUCACAAGAAGAAUUGAAUUUGGGUUUGGGAGUACCGAAUCAAGAUCACAAAAAGACAAUAUAUAUGCUUUUCCAGAAGUGAAUCAGAGAGUGAUGAGGAUAUCUUGUUCACUCUGCAGAAGUUCUUUAGGUCACCCGGAGAACCACUCAUAUCUCAAAUGCAUGUUGACUUCGUCGUCCAAAACGUAUUUGCUGUCUCUUUUAAAAGAAACAGCAGGAACAGGUUCUGCAGAAACGCCAACAAGUGUUUCAGUUGUCAUGACAGAUUGCUCAUUGGUUAAUCAGAGACUCUGCAGAAGUUGUGAAAGCUCAGAAGGUCAGGGAAUUUGGUGCGAGCAAGAUGGAUGUGUUUUCAAUACUAUCUUUUGCCCUUUCUGCAGUAUACCAAACACGUGUCUCGGAGUGCAAGUCAUGGCUACGGAUUCAUCAAAUGUCCAGUUUCUAAGCAAAAUUUUGUUCUUUGCUGAUCAAGUAGCUGUCACAGAAGAUGCUGCAAGCAAGGAAACAGCGUUAAAGCAUAAGGAAUCUGUUGAUGUCACUAAUACAGCUUUGGACAAGAUUGAUGCGUUUAAGUCAAUAGAGAGAUUUGCAUACUCGGCAAAGCAGCAGCAAGACUCAGGAGGAGGCUGGAGAACUACAAAAUCAAAGCUAAGACUACCAAAACGUGGUUUGCCAACAAGCAAGAAGUCAUAGAGAAAAAAGAUGUUUUCAUGCAUCAAACAAGCUGAACCGGUCUAAUUCAUAAUAAGGGAUAGCCAAGGCAGCCAAACCGGCAUCAAGGAGCAUGGAACUUUGCUCCUGUGGUGGAAGAAAGAUUUUGGCUUUUGCAUCUGAACAUGGCUAGCUUCGUUCGGAACUUAGCUUUGUGUUCAAGUCGUGGCAAUCGAUAUGUAUAUACACUUUUUUCAACUUGAAAAUCUAAUAACUACUGAAUCUAAUAUGUAAAUAUAUAUGUUUUGAUAAAGCGAUUGAUUUAUGCUAUUAAA